AUGACCACAACUGUUCCUUUAAUCUAUUCCUUUCCUGAAUUCUUGGGUGUGGCCGAUGCAGUAGCCGAUCAUGUUAUUUCUGCCCAAAACCAAACAUUAUACAACACUACUGACCCAAAACAAAUAGAACUAAUCAAGCUGCGUCCAGCUCUAUUGAAAUCUUCCAGUGGUAUCUCUGUAACACAACAAUCACCUAGUCAUAGUCCAAGUCAAAGUCAAAAUGGUAUAAGCAAUAACGUCACCAAUGGCGGCAGCAAGGCUAAAAAGGAUAAGAAGAUUCACAAGAAACAAGAAGUUAGAUUUAAAAUAGCCAUAUCUGGAGGUUCCUUAAUCAAGAUCUUACACCAGGGGUUAUUGCCAAGACAAGAGUAUAUCGAAUGGGAUAAAUGGGAUAUCUACUUCGCCGAUGAAAGAUUAGUGCCGUUUGAUUCUCCUGAUUCCAACUAUGGCCAAGCUAAACGAGAAAUUUUCGAUUUGAUUGAAGGUGACAAGAAACCAAACAUUUACCAUAUCGAUGAAGAACUAAUUGAUGAUAAUCAAGAAGCUGCCGAUGAUUACGAAAAACAAUUGAUUCGAAAUUUCGCCAAGAAGGAUAGUGUUAAAUUACCAAUGUUUGAUUUGUUAUUAUUAGGUUGUGCUCCCGAUGGACACAUUGCCUCAUUAUUCCCCAAUUUCGGAGAACAAUUACGUGAAAAAUUAGCUUGGUGUUUACCAGUGGAGAAUGCUCCUUCAGGACCAAAGAAUAGAAUAACUCUUUCCAUCCCUGUUAUUUGUCAUGCUGCAAGAGUAACGUUUGUGGUUGAAGGUAAAACCAAGGCACCAAUUAUUAGAACCAUCAUGGAAAGACCAGAAAAGGGAUUGCCAAGUUCAAUUGUCAAUGAAGGAGCAGCCGGAAGAGUCAGUUGGUUUGUUGACGAUGCCGCAUUAAAUGAUUUAUAUGACAUUACUAAAAAGAAGUAUAAGUUCUUAUCGUUCCCUGAACCAGCCACUGCUACUUAA